UUUCUUUCGUGCGUUAGACUAAAAGUAAAAACACUGUGAAAUUUUAUUAAAUGUUUCGGCGUUUUUGACUAAAUUACUAAUUAUUUACAACUUAAUAAAGAUUUACUGUAAAUAUUAUUCUCUAAAUCUCGUCGUAUUACAAACCGAAUCUAUAUGACAAUGGGGAAAAAUUCAGAUCGUAAAAAUAGUUCCAAAAGUGCCCACUCUUUUAUAAAUAUCAAAAAAAAUGGGAAGUAUCUAAAAAAGAAAUCAAGUAAAACCAGAAGAAACAUAAAAAAGUUGUUCGAACAUCUUCGCAAUGAUGGUGAAUCGUCAGCUUCAAGUAUCUCAAACACAACUGUCAUAGAAGUCGACGCAGAUCAUAAAUCACCAAUAAACAAGACAAGUAGCUUUAUAAUAGUCGGAGGGGAUGAUGAUCUGAUCAUAAACAAUAUGCCGUGCCCUAUUCAAUGUUCAACCCCAUUAUCUACCAGCAAACAUUCGGUCAAAACCUCACACUUCACGCAGAAAUCACCUCUAAGACUCGGCAACAACAAUUCUGUUAAUGCACAGAAUUUUCAACAAGACGUUGAAGAUUUAACAAAAGAAAUAAACAGGGACUCCUAUUUAACAAUAGAUUUAACAAAUGAAACUACUUUAAAUAGUUCAAAUCAGCAGAAUACUGUUAUAGACUUAGCUAAUUGCACUGAUCAUUCCCUUGUUAAUGAAAAUUUAUCUAUGAGCGGAGAUUCUGAUGUCACUGUCAUAAAUACUCGGAAGCAGAAGGAUAGACUGAACAGUUCACAAAUGAGGAGGUUUGCGAAUGGUAUAGCGAAGAUGGAUGCUUCGGAGAGAGGGAAGUUGCUGGAGUUUAUAGCACAAAAGGUUUUCAACGGAUGCAGUUUACCAAACAGUAGAAAUAUUAGUGUACAUAGUCUUAAGAAUGGAGUAACCCGUGCCACUGAGACUGUCGAAGAUACUUAUAUAAAAGAAGUGAUACUGGGACAGGUAGCGUCCGCAAACAGCAUUGGCAGCAAUAUAUACAACCCAGAGAGAGACAUACGGAACAAGACAGGCUUACGGAUGAUUGUCAUAGACGGGAGCAAUGUUGCCAUGCAGCACAGUAAGGGCAGAGUGUUCUCAGUAAAAGGUUUAAAGAUUUGCAUCGACUAUUUCGUGCGACGCGGUCAUGUCGUUAAAGCGUUUGUGCCGCAAUUCAGAUGUAAACUUGGCAAGAGUACAGACGGUAAACUGCUGGAUGCGCUGGAGAGGCAAAGUCUUGUGGUGUACACACCCUCCAGAGAGAUACAGGGCCGGAUGAUCACCUCAUAUGAUGACAGAUACAUUGUCCAAUGUGCGGCGGAGUUCGACGGUGUCAUAGUGUCUGGUGACAAUUAUAGAGAUCUGCUCAAUGAGAAUCCAAGAUGGCGGCACGUCAUAGAGAAUAGACUGCUUCAGUUCACGUGGGUCGGUGACAUGAUCAUGUUCCCCAGAGACCCGUUGGGCAGGAACGGACCAACGUUGGAACAGUUUCUAAGGCACCCCCAAACUGGUGUGCUAUAGACAAUAUAGAAGCAGUGAUAUAUCAGAGACAAUAUUUUGUAAUUUUUUAUUGUGAUAUUAUUUUAAUGAAAGAAAUUUUUAUGUUAAAAAGUAGAUAUCUUGUGUGCUUGCGUCCUAUUAUUUUGAAUUCCAAAAUUUUCAUUACCUCGGCAAGGCUCUGCAGAAAUAGUAGAGCAGAUAUUAUAGAAAAAUUUGCAAAAAAUGGGGUUUUUUAUAAACUUAAAAUAUGUAUAUUUUUUGCUCUAAAUAAUUUAGUUUAUUGUAAAGUAUUUUUGUUAGGAUAGUAUACUUUAAUUUAUAAAUUUGCUCAUUCUCAAAAAUACUAAUUAAAGUAAAACUUCUUUACGCUGGACUUGGGGAGUAAUCUAUAAUAGUAAACAUUACGAAAGUGUAAUCAGGCGAGGCGAACGGACGUUGAGAAGGAGAGAGAGAGCUAAAAAAGUUUUACUUCAGUUGUGUGGUCAAGCACACUCGUUUUUUUUAUAUAAAAAAACAAUAUUAAUAAAAAUACAGUUUAAUGAUGUUGUUAAUUUAAAAAAAAAGGUUUUUUUUAUUACUUCAAUUUUCCUGUAUUUGUAACUUAAAAAUAGAAAAAUUAGGCAUUUUGUUUUAUUUUUAAAACUAGCGGACCGCCGCGACUUCGUAUACAUGAAAUGCAGUUUUUCUCUUGUCAACUAUGGAUUUUUCCGGGACAAAGUAUUUUUACGGUGGUCAAUAAUUAUCCUCUUCUAUCUUCCAAAUGUAAGUGAAGUGAAAGUUCCAUUCAAAUCCGUCCAACCGUUCCAAAGAAACUUCUGUUUGUUUUUAAUAUUUUUAAGCUUUAUUUAAAAUCUAGAUUGUCUGUGUUUCUACACAGAUAGAUUAAAAAAAGCUUGUUUGUGUUUUGGUAUCUUGGUAAUUAUUUUAUACACUUUACAAAAACAGUUAUUUUUAAAUGACAGAGACAAUAUUUCAAUUCUUAUAUAUAAGCGGAUAAAGUUUCUGUUUGUCGCCGAUAGAUUGAAUCUUAUUAUUUGGUUGCGUUACUGUACUAUGAAAUGGGCUGAUUAAAUCCAAGCGAAGCGUGACGGGUCCGCUAGUUUUUUAUGUAUUGAUUGAGUACAAAUUUAUAGUAAUUUUAUAUGUAACCAAAAUGCUCAUUGUGUUUGUUUUCUUUUUACUUUAUAACUAUUAUUUUUUUUUUAUUUAUUUAAAAGGGCAUAACGGUGGAAGUUAUUGCAUUGGGUUCAGGACUUGUAUAAGUUGUGUCGUAAAUCGUAUCACAAAACAGUUUUUUAAUAAAAAAAUAUUUUUUUUAAACACACAAAAUGAAUAAUAAAUAAUGCUAAAAUACGCCAUUUCAAAGUUUUACUCGGUUGUAUUAUUGUAUUGUGUUAUGACAACAGGACAGAUAUGUAAAUUAAAUUAUGCGAAAAAAGUCUUCAUAUGUCGCUAAUUUUAAUAAUCUUAAAAUACUAUAAUAUUAAAAUAGUAUACUUUAAUAUUAUAGUAUACUUUGCAGUUUAAGAAAUUCUAUAACUUGAGUGCAAAUACCACUUUUUUUUUGCCUUAAUUAUAUUGUAUAUAUAAUUAAGGCUUUGUCUACACUGCACUGUGUUUGUCUCAUUUGAAAAAAAUCUUGUACCUGUAGUCUGUCUUAAAAUUACCUGAACCAUUUGUAUAACUCCAUCAUAGAAUUUUAUAUUUCUAGACUAUUUUUGUCAUAUUGCCAAAAAAAAGAUAAAGAUACCAUUAUUAAUUGUUGUAUAUAAAAAUAAAAGAUGAUUCUUUACAUUA